AACCAUUUGAACCAUUUGGGGUUUCGUUUCUCGCACCGAGUAGUGAAUUACUGGAAUGCUCUACUGGAACACGUAAUAUCAUCAACUUCUGUUAAUAUACUCAAAACGAGAUUGGACUUCCACAGUAUCACAAACUGAAAGGAUUAAUAUAGGUUCAUAGACCUCCUAUCCUUAUUACUGAAGACUGAAGGCAUUGAGUUCCGUACUGAGACAUUGUACAUUGGCAGCGUCCUUUGGCGGUUGACGAGCCAGUUUAACGAGUUGGCUUGCCCACGCUUUGUAAACAUGCCACCAAAGCAAGCUUCGAAAGGUGGAAAGAAAGAACCGUCGAAGAAGCCUAUGAAACCCAAAGAGGGUGGUGGGAAAGCAAAGAAGAAAAAAUGGUCUAAAGGAAAAGUUCGGGAUAAACUUGCUAAUAUGGUGUUGUUCGAUCACGCUACUUUUGAAAAGCUACUGAAAGAAGUCCCACAGUACAAGGUAAUAACACCUUCUGUUGUGUCAGAACGGCUAAAAAUUCGGGCGUCACUGGCACGUCAUGCUCUCGAGGAGCUGUGGCGACGAGGUUCCAUAAAAAUGGUCUGCAAGCACAAUUCACAACAAAUAUACACUAGAACAACAAAGACCGAUUAGUUGUACAAAUAUAUGUGUUUGGUACUCUGACUUCUUUUUCAUGUAUGGUUGAAACGGGGUGUUCACUGUUAAAUUACAUUUUGCUUAGGGAUGAGACUAAAUCAAGAAACGGUAUUGGAAACAUCUCGACUAUUUAUGGUCCCAUAUCUCCGCAUCUAUGUUCCAAAGUAUCACAGUUGGAUGCAAGAUUCGUGGUUGAGAGCAAGUACAUCUUCGGAACAGCUUACACUGGACGAGGUACCGUAAGUUAUGCAAUCAGUUACAUACGACUUAGUCUCGUAGUGCAUAUGUGACUUAAAAGUUUAAUUCGGAAUACUUUUAAGAGGUUAGAUAGUGGGUUUUGAGUUCGUCAUUCCGACUUUUACUUAUGGUUAUAUUCGCGAUAACCUAUUUGGUGCAAUCCGUUGUGAUUUUCACCAAAACCUUGAUUUAUUAUGAUAUCUACUGGUGAGACUCAAUUUAUUCACACAUAUCUACAUCGAUGCUAAACACAAAAGUAUUAUAGGUAAUCUCGUCACGUCCCAAAUAUUUUUUCUAGUACCUUUUCGUUGCAUGACAUAGCUCAGUUGCUUAAAUUUAUAGUAUGUAUUCCUUUCUAUCGUGCAAUAUUCGUAACGUUUGUACAGUGACCAUGCAGUCAAGAAUCUUUCUUUUAUGUUCCGUAUAAUCCAAUCGGUCUGUGCCAAUACACGGGUCGUGUUUUAUUUGCAAGAAUACGGUUCUCCAAGGGUAUCGCAAUUGUUGCCUACUGUUUCGAUUUUGAGAAGAAUAGGAAGGUGUGUGGCCUAUGGUGUUCUUUCAGUUGGUUCAACUUCCUUUUGGAAGUGUCUACAGAUGGAGUUUUAAUCACGUGUUGAGGUAGUAAGCUACACUUGUUGAUGAUUUGAUUCAAAAGUUGGUUGUCAUCUGUCAAGUAGUUCGUUCUGGGCUUGUAAACUGUUUUAGUAUUCUUGUAGAGUCUGUUUUGUGAGACAAGGAAAAUGAGAAUAAGUCGUACUCGGGUUUAUAAUUAAUUUGAGAACUGUGGUUUAGUCCCCUCUGGUUCGUCCGUUUGAUAAGGGAAGUAGAUUUAGUCUAGCCAGUCUAUCAUACGAGGGCUUCACGGUUCUGGGUACCGGGCUAGUUGCGGCUCUUCGUACGUUCUCCAACAGUUCCGUGCAUCAUUUUGAGUAGGAGCUAGCCGAUUGUAUGCAGUACUCGAGUUUAUGGGGAACGGACACCGUAUACAAAGUGAAAAAAUUUUUUAGCAACUAAAUGUUUGAGGGCUUUACAUAUUGACCAUAGGGUUCUAAAACCUUUGGCAGCUAUUGCACAGUAGUUUGUGCUGAUGAUGUUCAGAAGAACGAUGAAAGCUCCACAACCAAACCAUCAAGUUCAGAGAACAAAACUCCAUCAAAAUCAUCCACCUGAGCUACAAGUCUCCACCAUCUCAUGUUUUUGUACUUUGGUGGACUGCAUCAUAAUGCACCAGACAAUUCACAUGUCUUCCGAAGGUCAUUUCAAGAUUCCGCAAAAACACGUAUUCUUAUCGACCUCCGCAACUUGAGGUCGUCAGCAUACAAAAAAUAGGUUAAAUUAGGCGAAAAAUGCCAAUUAAAUACAGAAGGGACAAUAUCCCCCAAAGUUGUACCCUGAGGCACUCCUCUAAGCAGUUUCACAGCUAGACAACUUCCUAUUCGCUUCAUACUGUCUGGUGACGCCCAACUAGGAAGUCCUUUUUCCACAAAUAAAAAUUGGCUCUCAUCCCGAUAUCUGUUAAAUUAGGUAACAUUCAGUUGUGAGAAACUUUGUCAAAAGCCUUACUAAAGUCAAUGUCGGUUGUAUUGGUUAGUAACGUUUGGUCUUCGGGAGCGCACUAGCUACAAAUAAGUUUGUGUGGCAUAAACAACAUGUUCUAAAACCUUGCUGAUACUCAGAAAGAACUCGGUCUUCGUCUAGAUGCUUGAAUAACUUUUGAAUAGUCCUCUUUCGAAUUUUGUCAAUCACCCUGGUGAUCCUUAUGAGUCGAUAGUCCUCAGGUGUGUCUCGUGCCUGUUUUGAAGCGCUGAUCCAGUCUUUUGGUAAUAUAUUUCAGCUUACUGAUAGACUAAAACAUAGUCAAUGGAUUCGCAACAAAUUUUGCCAAUUCCUUUAGUCGUCUAGAAUGUACCCCAUUGGGUUCCACGAAAUUUUUCCAGUCCCAAGCUUCUUCAGCAAAUCAAAAAUAUCGAGUUCUUUAAUCGUCAGUGUGUGUGGAGGGGUUUGUAGAAACUGUAGGGAAGGGCAUCUCAACAGUGUGUUUAUCGCAAAAGUAAUUUUAUAAUACCUGAGCUUCACCAUAAUCGUCCGUCACUAGUGAUGCAGUACUAGUGUCUACUCGUAAUCCUAGUGUACCUUCUCUUCUCUCAGUCCCUUGGUUUAUAUUCGAGUAUAAGCGUUUAGAGCAUUUUAUAGAGUUUUUGGCAAACUCUUCUAGACGGGCGGAGGGUUGAGAUGCAAAUAUUUUGGGCUUACCGAAAUUUUUUGUCAGUACGGGGCAGCCUAAAUCUCAUGUUCUUGUACAGAGAAGAAUGUGAACCUUCUUACUGAACCACCGUGAAGAGUCUUUCAGUGCAGUGACUUUUGUGUAUAAAUUUCAGAAUAUAUCUCUAGCCGUCUCAGUAGGGAUUCUAUUGUCCAAUCUGUCAGGUGUACAAUUCCUGUAUAUUUGUUUUCCAGACGUUUGGCUGACACAUCGUUGUAGACAAGCUUAUGGAAAUCGAAGAUUAGGACAUCAUGGUAACACUUACCUGAGGGUGGCAGGUAAUGGAGGUCUGUGACUUCAUAUUAGUAUUGGGUCAAUAUGAGAUCUAGUAAGGAUAAUUCUAAAUCUGGGUCGUGCCUAGUUGCUUGUUCCACAAGUUACACUAGGGCGCAUGUUAUAACCGCGUAAACUAGUUUCUGUUCAAAAGAAUCUUCCGACAACUUUGUCCUCAGAUUGUACUCGAUGAGAAAGGCAACCUAAUUUUAUUCGAUCAUGAUUUUCGGAUUACUGUUUGAGUUGCCUGUGGGUCCUGGAUUAAAACAUGUUGCCACGUCAAUCGUUACUUAAAAUUAAGCAGUAACCCCCCCCCCGUUCUACAGUAAGUCCGAUUAAGUGGGUCUCAUCGUUUCGGUCGCUUUUCAUGAAAUGUGUCGAGAAGUCCUGUAACCAACAAAGUACUUACUCCUUUGACGCCGUCUGAAGUUUCUACUUUUUCUGUAAGAACAGCCGCUUUUCUGCUGUGUUUUUGAGAUUUCACUCUAUUAUCGUCAAAGCUGUAAAGUGUCCACAACAACAAAAACUUUUGCAGAACUGAAGUUGGUAUCGAAUACUUCUGUAACCUACCGUAGGCUAAUUUACACGCUGACUGGAUGAAAACAUCGACGGUCUCUGACUACACCCUGACUGGCUGUCGUAUUCUCUAGACGCCUUUUAAUAUUUAAGAGCAUAAAUUGUUCAGCCUGACAUAAAAUAGUUGAAAUAUAUGGUGAGUGGUUAUAAUAGACAAUUUGCCGCACAAUCAAAUCUUUUGAUUUAAUUGUACAUGGUCCCUCAAUCUAAUCUACAUAACUAUGAAGGUUGCCUUGUAAGACUUGUUUAUCAUCUCUGUCCUCAAUAAAAACGCUAUCGGUCUACUCUAACAAGAAUUCCGAUUUUGUAUUUACUAUUACGGCUCCAAUAUCAUGUUAAACAGAAUAAUCCCAGGCAGUGUAAUAGAAUUAUCAUCCCAAUUUGAGCGGACACUGCUUCAGUGAGUAAUACCCAAUUAUUCUUAAUAGAUAAUUCGUCAACUUGAUCGAUACGUUUAUCGGAACAAAUCGAUAAUCAUAGUCACAUCCUAAAAGUAAUACAACAGCUAUGUCCGAAUUAUAAAUUAAGAGUUUAAGGGAAUCCAUUUCUCGAGCUUGAUAUCAGGUUUUAAUACUGUCGCAUCACACUGAGGUUACUAAAUACUGGUCUGCUUAAUAAUUAUUUUCACAUGAAAGCUUUGUCAGAAAGUAGUCGUUAGCAUAUACCCUUUACUAGCAACUGUAUGAUUGAAGAUGUGUGAUCGUACGAUAAUUUACUAAUUGACGAUAAAAAAUGUUGCUUGUCCCACUGCAUACAAUAUUAUUCAAAAUCAUCCAUAUAGUUCUAUCUGCUCCAUAAUUCAAGCAAAUAUGGCUUAGCGUAGGGGAAUUUGUGAGGAUUGUAGAAUUCUCAUAGCUUGACUCACUAUAUGGUCUGAAAACCUGGAAGCACUAAAUGAUCAUUUGUCCUAUUACGGGACUCCGCAUCAGUGCGCAUCCAGGAUUCGGACCCGCAUUCUCGAACAGAUUGAAUUGUUUUCCUAGGCCUUGUUGUCAGAUGAUUCGUAAUUUGUCUACAAGUAUCUUACUUACACCUGUUAUCACUCGUGGACGGAUAACACCGUCCACCAGGAUUGGUCAUCGAACUCUGUCAUGGACAGUCCUUUCCACUUGUCUUCAAUUACUAUUCAUUCUUAUAAUGUUUGCCUCCGAUUGCCCAAGCAGUGUAUUACUUGGUCUUCCUUUUACCUUCAGGAUUCCGUAUUAGGGAUUGCCUCAUGAUCCAGUUUGAUGAUUUCCGCAAUAUAUGCCCUAUAUAUCCUCAACGUCUUUCCCUAAUUUCUUUUUCAGCUGGAAGCGGGUUUGUUCUUUCCCAUAGUAGGUUGUCGCUGCUGGUAUCCGGUCAGCGGACAUUGAGUAUCUUGACCAGACAACUGUUUAUAAAUAAUUGUGUCUUCUUGAUGGUGGUUGUAUUAGUUAUCCAAUUUUAAACUCCGUACAGUGGAACUGUCUUGACGCUCGUAUUGAAGAUUGUGACUGAUCUUGGCUGACAGUUCUUUUGAGUUCCAGAUAUUCUUCAGUUGUAGGAAUAUUGCGCGUAAUUUGUCAGUCCUUGCCUCCACAUAUGCACCAGAUCCUCCUUGUUCUUCGAUGAUGCUGACCAGACGCGUAAAAACUUUCCACCUCUUCUGCAUCAAGUAUGAGUGUGUUGGAAUUGCCUGUGUUGUAUUUUGGGGUCUUGCUUUUACUCUUGUAUAUGUUGGGGUCUGCUGAUACACUGAUAAUCUUUAUCUGAAUUUGUUGCUGCAUAUUGGAUAGGAUAGCUAGGUUAUCUGAGAAAUACAAAUCAUCUAGUCGCAUCGGAGCUGUCCAUUGGAUUCCGUGCGUCACCUCAUUGUAAUUCCCUCCUGUGUUUUGAAGAGUGCUUCGACAAUUCUUGAUCCAUGAGAUUCCCAUCCUAUCAGUGUUUUUCGUGCUUCUUUAGAUAACAUCUAUACAGCUUCUCAUGUCACAACACAAAGAAUUUUCCUCUUCAUGACUAAAGUGCAACAGUACCUCUUUCGAUACUAAUUUAUUCUGUCUAACCUGCGUCCGAUGGAUUUCACUUAUUUCGAGAGCUGCCAAGUUCUGUCCCCUCGUUUCCACAGCCAUUUGAUUAGUCCUCCUAGCUUCCUACAUUUUACGACACUACAUGUACCUAUAUUAAUUGUUGCUCUGGUUGUUAGAAGGGACAUAGACCCAUUGACUUCCGAAGAAUAUCGGCUUUCAUUAUGAGGCUUUAUAAUUCUUCCUUCAACUCGGAGGACAGAGUUUAAAUGGUUUAAGUGGUUUUUUGUUAGCAUUUCUUCAACAAGGUUGCUUUCUACAGAAUGGGUUACAGACUCCAUGCCCAAACUUUAUCUGGGCUUGGGACCGAAAUUACGUUAAGGAGUUAAUAAUAAUCUUUAUAAUUGGGGAUUUUUUAAAUGUUAUAGUGUGACAAAUAGUCUGUCAGGUAUAUAGCGUAGACUACAUACACAUACAUAGACUACAAUGUUUCCGCUGUUAAAUUGUUAUAAUUAUUUCAACUUCGUCACUAUUCAUUUUUUCCAAUUGACAUAUAAUUCCCAUUUAAACAUUAAAAACAGGAAGUUCAUUGAAGGGAUCUUUUUUUCAACGAUUUUAUUAUCAAGCUGUACAAUCGUAUAUAUAUAUAUAUAUAUAUAUGGAAUUUUUUAAAAGUAUUAGUUCCGUACCAACCCAAUCACACUUGAUGGCGAAACUCUGAAAGAUAUGAAAUGCUUUACUUACCUGGAAAGCAUCAUCGAUGAACAAGGAGGAUGAGAUGCAGACGUAAAUACAAGGAUUCGCAAAGCAAGGGCCGCAUUCCUACAAUUGUGGAACAUAUGGAACUCAAAACAACUUUCAACCAGUAUCAAAGUCAGAAUCUUCAAUACGAAUGUCAACACAGUUCUAUUGUACGGAGCUGAAACUUGGAGAACUACUACAGUCAGUCAACUACAGCGUAGGACCAGGCACAUAUAUGCAUCGGUCCAAGUUGCCAUACCUCAUUAGCAUAAUAAGAUGAACACGGGAUUCAUAGAAGUAGUUAAUUCAGUGGUGGUAAUAUAUAACAGAAAGAUUGAGAACUACUACAACCAUCAUCAAGAAGGUACAAGUAUUUAUAAAUAGUUGUCUACACAAGAUACUCAACAUCCAUUGGCCGGAUACCAUCAACAACACCAUGCUGUGAGAGAGAACAAACCAGCUUCCAGCUGAAGAGGAAAUUAGGAAAAAACGUUGGAAAUGGACUGGACAUACAUUACGGAAAUCACCGAACUGCAUCACGAGACAGGCGCUAACUUGGAAUCCAGAAGGGAAGCGAAAAAGAUGAAGGCCAGAGAACACAUUACGUCGGGAAAUAGAAGCAGAUAUGAAAAGGAUGAAUAAGAAGUGGAAGGAGCUGGAAAGGAUUGUUUAGGACAGGGUUGGAUGGUGAGUGUUUGUGGGCGGCCUAUGAUCCUCCGCGAGGAGUAACGGGCCUAUGUAAGUAAUUAGUUCCAUGAGGACAUAUGAACGAGGAGUAGACAUGAUGAUGUAGUAGAAAGAUUAUAACACUAGAUUAUGUAAUACGAAAAAAAUUUCUGUAUAUAUGUAUACAUAUACGAUUGUACAGCUUGAUAAUAAAUUCGUUGAAAAAAGAUCCCUUCUCUGAACUAUACAUUUCGUUGAUUUCCUCUCACUUACUAUUCUGAUAUAAAUUAGGAAAACUUAUCCCGGUACUGUCAAAGUCCCGGGUUCCUGCAUUGAUUAUAAAUGACUGAAGAAUAAUUUAAUGUUUGAAUUGGUAGAUUGUUGUUAUUUCAACUGAUCAUUUCAUGUGUAUGUUAUAAUAUCGAAAAAUUGGAAGUUAUAUUACUGAUAAUGUUUAAUCUCAUAAUAGCGAAUUUAUCAGUUAGUUGGUCUGUGUAAAUCUAUCUAAUGUUGCCCAAUCUGAAAUGGUAGUAUGUGUACACGGUUUGGUAUUCAAUAUAUAUUAUGGAAUGCAAUGUAGUUUGUUGUAGUUUUUUUUACUAACAGACAAUUAAUUACUUAGUAGCAGUAACCAAUGUUUCGUCUAUAUAAUCGGUAAUAUAGAUGGAAUUCUACCAAUUAACUGCUAGUCUAUAUUACUUGAUGUCACAACUCACUUUAUUACAAUGUUAAGUAGCUUAAAGCAGUUGGUUGGAAUUCUAUGAAUAGUUUCAAAUUCACUUAAGAUGUCAUAAAUGUCUUCAUAAUGACUACUAGUUAUCACGCAAGUUCACAGAUUCCUGGAUAUUCUUUCUAAUGCUUGUUCAUUAAAGUGAGAUAAAUAUUUAAUCCUGAUGAUGUCGUUCAGAAGGACGAUGAAAACUCCACGACCAAACCAUCCAGCUCAGAGAACAAAACUCCACCAAAAUCAUCCACCUGAGUUACAAAUCUUCUCCACCAUCUCAUUUAAUCCUUAUCUCUAAGUUAAUUAUUACGACAUUGAUAAAAGUGAUUGUAAGUCCUGUAUCACUGUUUUGAACUCAUUUCAUGAAUUGAAUCCACUUUUAACUCAGUUCACCAUCAUGGUAUCGAAAGAAAAAAAACAGUUAUUGUGUAAUAAAAUUUUAAUCCAAAACGGUAUUUUUUGGGCUUAUGAAAUAGUAUAAACGAGGAUAAUCAGAAUGAAAUUUGCAUGAUUGCUACUCGAAAAUAUUAACGGUGCCGUAAUACAAACCAACAAAAUUAGUUUCUGUAAAAUCAACUAUGAUGAACUAUGGAACGUCAAUAAAAAGGUUCUAGAGUGAUGGUAUAUGAUUUAUUGUCAUUUUACUCCACACUAAAUAAAGUAUCUAGUGAAUCACUCAUAUGUAUAUACGAUCGAUAUCUGGUUGUAUAUAGCUUAUGUCAUAUAUUGAAGCAUCGGUUUGGUAGUUCAAGAACUCGAUGUUACUCCCUCUACUUCGAUUAAGGCAAUUGGAUAGUAUCAUUAUUCUUUACAUAAUUCCUCAUUAUCAUGUAUAGAAAUAUGGUAAAUAGAUUACAUAUAUUGUCUAAGGGUUGCACACAUAUAUAUGUAUAUAUCAUUUUAUAGUUUUCUUUGAAAAUAUCUGAUCUUUUUAAAAUAAUCUCAGUGAUUGAAAUUGAAAUGAUUCCAACGUUUCAUCCAUCUUUAAUAAUUUUGAUUAUUCUACCCUGAAGAAGUUCAGACAAUUUAGUUAGACGAAACGUUGGAAUUGUUAUUUUAAAUUUCAAUCACUGAGAUUAUUUUAAAUAUAAUAAUUUUCACAUAUAAUAACUUCUCUAUAUUUGGUGCUCAAUUCCUAUCAAACUAUUCAUUCUAAUCUUGACGAAUAUUUAUUUUUCACUGAUUGAAAUAAUGAGUCAAUUGAAGCUAGACCACCAUGGAAAACCGUUGGAUUCCGGCUCAGUAGUCUAGUUGGUUAAGCGCCUGGCGCGAGACUGAUAAGUCCUGGGUUCGAAUCUCUAGGGGUACGGGAUCGUGGAUGCACACUGCUGAGGAUUCCAACAAUAGGACAAAACGGCCGUCCAAUGCUUCCAGGUUUUCCAUGGUGCUCUAGCUUCAAUUAACUCAUGAUUUCAAUCAGUGAAAUUUCUAAGAUCUCCACAAAACCCCUUCUGAAUAUUCAUAUAUCUGAUCUCUUUUUAUUUUUCAAAACAAACAUUAUUCUAUAUCAAGGAAUUUGAAGCCCAAGAACAAUGGUGUCAUUUAGAUGAUCGAUUAACUUUUAUUUUACUUAGUAAACAAUUAUAUCAAGAUUAUUGGUUAUUGAAUAAUAAUAAAACGGAUACAAUUGAAUCACAAUUGAAUAAUUAUGAAAAUGCAGAAAUCUUUUCUAUGAUUGGAGAUGUCAAUUUAUUUAUUACAUAUUCUCAUAUGGUUAAUGAUUUUGAAGGUGAAUUGUCUGUAAUGAUUGCUGAAUCAAAAUAUCGUGGUCAAGGUUUAGCAGCUGAAGCAUUAGCUGGUAUUCUUGAAUAUUCUGGUAGACAUUUACCAAUGAAAUUAAAUUCACUGGUUGCUAAAGUAUCAAUGACAAAUGAAUCAAGUAUACACUUUUUUCAAAAUCGUUUAAACUUUAUUGAAAGAUCAAGAAAUACUAUAUUCAAUGAGGUUAGUUUUAUAAAUUGAAAGAAUAAUUAAAACACAGUUUGGGCACCCGGGCAGUUUUAUUUAUUUAUUUAUUUAUUUAUUUAUUUAUUUAUUUAUUUAAACACAUAAACAUUGUUACAAGAAGAUGUCAAAUAAAAUAUUUGAUUUGUAUGAGGGCUGGGAUACUGCACGGUUGCCCAAACCGAAGAAGGUGGUCUUCUUAGAGGGCUACACCCGGAGCCUUUGACCUAAGUUUCUGAUCCACAAGGCAGUGGGACAAUGUUAGGACAUGCAGUCUCAUGGUAGCCAGUGACCAGUAAUAGGUUCAUACGCCAUUUCAAUAGUUGGAAUCAUGAGUUAAUUGAAGCUACAUCAUGAUGCAAAACCUGGAAACACUGGACGGCCGUUUCGUCCUAGUAUGGGACUCCUUAGCAGUGCGCAUCCACGAUCCCGCUCCCCGCGAGAUAUAAACUCAAUGAAGACAACGGUGUACGGCGGUAUAACUUCGUGGAUUGAUUGAAAUUAGACAUUAACACCGUUGGAUGCCGGUUUAGUGGUCAAGCGUUCGCUCGUGAGACAUGUAGGUCCUUGGUUCGAAUCUCACGAGGGAGCGGGGUCGUAGAUGCACACUGGUGAGGAGUCCCGCAAUAGGACGAAACGGACGUCUAGUGCUUCCAGUAAUACUAUUGAACCAUAGUCUGUGAACAGUUAGUGUGUAAACAAGUACAAUUCAAUUUACAAUACUGUAUAUGGUAUGAGCAGUAGUAGGAUAUGAAACAAAUAUAAAGAAAUUCUAAGCAUCAUUUGCACUGAUCAAGUUAUUACUCUAUCCAUUAUCAAUCGGUAGUCAACUACAAACUGGACAUAUCAAGAUUGGAAUAUAAGUUUCAUUGGUUAGCUAUUUAACUUGAAAUACAGUAGGUAUUUUGUUUAGUUUUGGAUAUUACUAAACGGGCUAGUUGAUUGGUCUAAAUCCUGACUUGAGAUUUGCUUUAAUGUUAAAAAUCAUAUCUUCGGAUUGGAAAUUCUUCUAAUUCAUUUUGGAAGAUUGUUUUUAACCUAGAUCAUAAUUACUACUUUGAUGUUGGUCGUUGAAUUUCUUUAUCAUGACGACACAAUAGCGCCUUAUUGUCUGAAAGAAUUGUUUCCUAAUGUUAUACUAUUCUAUAUCUUCCCUCCCCACAUCUAAAAUCUCAUCUACUUUUAAUUACUAACUGUAUUUACUGAAUUCUACACAUCUCGUUGGCUGUUAAUGUGAUGAACCAACUUGUAGUGUUCUAAUGGAAAUAUCUACCUCUCUCUCUCUCUGUCUAUCUCCCUUUCUCUACGCACACACAGAUCGAAUUUGUACCGGAAAUACAACAAUUGUCAAGUGAAGAUCAAAAUCAAUCCAAAUUUAAAAAUCUUGCUUCAAAUACAUCUCAACUGAUUAUAGAUCGAAUAUUGGCUAAUUCAUUAGGAUCUACAUCUUUUAAAUGGUACUACACAGAAAAGGAUUUGAAUUUAUGGCGUCAAACACCUAGGGAAUGACUUUUUUUACCUUAUUGUUUUGUAUACAUGAAUAAAUGUGUUUUUUAAAGUGUUUUUUUUCUUUUUGAUCUUCUUGGAUUACAUAGUAUUUCUAUCUUGCUGUCAUGUCUAGUUUUUAUUGUCAUCAUUGAGUUUUCUAAAAUUCCACCCUUUGAAUUGAGACUUCAAUUGAUAUAAUAGUUGUUCAUUUAAUCAACGGUUCUCAGUUACUAAGCAUAACUUUGCGUACUAUUGGACUUUAAACUAUAUUCGAAUUGUGAGGGCUAGCGAUACUUACCCGGUUACUGAAGCUGAAGUAGGUGGAGUAGGUAUGGAACUUCCAACUUAGUGGUGGUUGCAAGUGGAACAUUCUAAAUACUGGACCAUCUCUAUAUCUGAGGACAUUUCAAACUAUUUUAACAUGAUAUUGUUUGUGUCACUUUACUGCAUAGAUUAUCAUCAAAUUUGAAAUUAGAACUGAUAGUAUCAGAUAGUUAGUCAGUUAGAACCAAUGUAGAACCUAGUACGAAUGUUUUUUUUAUCGACCCAUGUAAUCACAACACAUAAGUAGAAUGAAAGAAAAAAAGUUGAUCUCACUGGUGGCAUCAGAUCCCUCAAAAUCACAGUUAAAUCUUGCUGAUGAACACUAAAUAACACAAUAGGACGAAACGGCCGUCCAGUGCUUCCAGGUUUCCAACGGUGGCCUUAUUUAUUUUAACACAUAGAUAUUGGUACAAGGAGGCACCAAAUACAUAUGCUCCACACAAAUCUCAUUUGAUUUCUGUGAGGGCUGUGAUACUGCCCGGGUGCCCAGACCAAAGCAGGUGGUUU